CGCAUUUGGGCGCUGCUGCGCGCACCGUGUCCCGGAGCAGAACCGGAACGGAAACACCGCUCCUCACCCCGCCUCGCCUCACCCCGCCUGCUCCCAGUGGCGGACGCGAGUGCCGUAGAUGGGACCUCCCCGGCGUGUCUGGAGUUGAUGUAAUAAACUGUCUAUGGACCAUCAGUGGAAAAUACUGGGUAGAAACCAAUGUGUGCUGGAUCUGGAUCAGUGAUUUGAUGAUGGUCAAACGCCACUCUUCCAAUGUUUUUGUGGACAGACUUGCAUACAGUAGGCACAGCAACAGAGUGAUGACUGCCUGCCAAGUGCCAGCUGCCCUUAUUCACCAGAUUCAAGAAGAACUGGAUAAAGAAGAAGAAGAGAUGAUGGUUUUCCUGUGCCGAGACCUUGCUCCUGACUUGGCCACUGCUGAUCUUAGAGAGAUCUUGGCAGCUUUGAAUGAGAGGGAGAAACUGUCUCCUGUUGGCUUGUCUGAGCUGCUGUACAGAGUUAAAAGGUUUGACUUACUGAGGAGGAUCUUGAACACUGAGAAAGCAACAGUGGAAGCUCACCUUACCAGGAGUCUCAGACUUAUCCCUGAUUACAGAGUGCUAAUGGUAGAAAUAAAUGAGAAUCUGGAAAAAGAGGAAGUGGGUUCUCUUCUUUUUCUACUUAGAGAUUAUACACCUCGGAUGAAAAUGGCAAAAGAUAAGAGUUUUCUAGCUCUUGUAAUUGACCUGGAGAAACUAAAUUUGGUGGCUCCUAAUCAACUGGAUUUGAUAGAAAACUGUUUUCAAAGUAUUCACAGGAUAGAUUUGAUUAGGAAGAUUCAGAACUACAAACACAAAGCUUUAAUGUCCUCCGUUCAUUCUCAGCCAGUGUAUGUAAAUGCACGCCCAGCAUCUCUCACUAAUCUCAAUCUUAUUGAUCCUCCUUACAAUUCAGGGAUUCAGAAUGGGAGCAAAGACAAAUUACAAAAUGGACUAAAUCAUACCCUGGCAGAACCAGUUCCCAUGUCCAUUCAGGAAUCAGGAUCAGCGUCACAUAAGGGGACUGAUGAACCUUACAGAAUGCGAAGUCAACCUUUAGGAAUAUGCCUGAUCAUAGACUGUAUUGGCAAUGAUGCAGAUGUGUUGGAAGAGACCUUCAGGGGCUUGGGCUAUGAUGUUCAUUGUCACAGAUAUUUAAAUAUUGCCACCAUGAAGCAAACAUUGCUUGAUGUUGCAAGUUGGCAGCAGCACAGAAAUUAUGACAGCUUCAUUUGCAUAUUGGUCAGCCGUGGAAGUCAUCAGGGCAUCUUCUGUACAGACAUUACCUGUUCUGGAUUCCCUUUGGAACAAAUAAAAAAUUACUUCACCCCAGACUCAUGUCCUGGACUCCUAGGAAAACCAAAGCUUUUUUUUAUUCAGAGCUACAUUGUGCCAGAAAAUGAGCAAGAAUGUACUAGUCUGUUGGAAGUAGAUGGGAAUGAUAAAAAUAUCAUUACUAAAGUCAUUAUCCCCCGAGGAGCAGACAUCUUUUGGAGUCAUUGUAAGGUGGAUGCAUCUACACUAGAAAAAUCCUCAACUUCAUGCUCAUAUUACCUGCGUUGUCUGGCUGAGCUACUCCGUGAUCCUUACAUAAGGAAACUCCCUAUAUCAGAUAUCCAUACGGAACUGAACGGAAGAGUUUAUAAAUGGAAUGAGACCGCUGACCCAUGCCAACAAUACUCACUUCUGCUCCAGCACACACUGACGAAGGAACUUUUUCUUUUUCCUACUUAACUGCUCUUGGAAAGGACAUAUCUGAAGUUUCUAACAAGAAGUAUUUAAUAUGAUCCGAACAGUUUCACACAUACUCUUACUUUAUGCAUUUUAUUUCAGUUAUAUCCAAAGUGCCUGUUGCUUCCAAACCCAAGAAUUUGGAAGCAUUUUGGUGCGUUAAGACACUAGAUUUUAUAUUUUAGCGCAGAAGUCUCUGAAAGCUUGGGUGAGAAUGGUAGCUAUUGUAUAGCACUGCAGCAGAUCUUGCAACUAAAUAAAACAGGUAAACAGAGGGAGAAGAGCUAUAAACUGUAUAGCUGUUGGGUUUUCCAACAAAGCUGAAGUGGCUUUAUUGUUUUACUGGUGGUUUUUUAGCAUACCUGUUAGCAGUUAAUGCUUAAACAAAUACAAGCUGGACCAAACCACCUAAAUGCUCUGGGUACUUUCCCCUGCACGGCAAACGUGUCAGGAAAGAAUUCCUACAUAGUAAUGCUAGUUCUUCAUUAACAAGUUGUGGCUUGCAUGCCUCCACAGACUACCACAACAGGAGGGGGAGAGAGAUGGUCUUUCUAAUAAUCUGGAUUCCAUUUGCUUGCUGCCUUAGAGGUUGUGUCAUCAGUACUGUCCACAGCACACAAGGGCUCUAUGUUAUUAAAUGAGACAGUCUGCCAUGUUUUGGUCUAAGUAAGCUUUCCACUGAUGCAAAAAUGAGUCUACAUGUGGCAGGACAUUACAGUAAUCUACCACACAGUUAAAAAAAUGGGGGAUUUUUGCAGAUAUUUUGUGGAAGCUGAAACUUGAUUCACACUCAUUACAACCACAGUUGUAAAAGGACAAUUAAAAAUAUUUGAACCUAAGUGUAGCAUGUAGCACGGUUCUUAAGCCGUGGGCUCUUUUGACUGGAUUAAAUUAAACACCCCAUCCUCACUGGUUUUGCUAAUGAAAAAGAAUAUGCCUUUAUUAAUGGAUUUUUUUCCCAAGUUUUUUCCAUAAAUAUGAAAACUUUUCUCCAGUGGAGUAAGUGCCUAACAUGAAAAGUUCAGUUAAUCUGCUUGUUGUAUAACAGUAUAACCUGGAUGGGUUGUCCCUCCUAACGUAGGCCACUUGCAAACUUUUGAUAUUCCUAAUAGAGUCUGCUAUCCAGGGAAAAAAUUCAAGGCCUUGGCAUGCCUUGCUUGGUUUCUGGUGUAGUUUUUUAAUGGGGAAAGAGAAGGAUUAAAAUGACAGAUUUGGAAUCUUAAAGUUACUUCCUAUGAGGGCUGGUAAAUGAAGCAAAUGGUGAAACAAAUAUUUUCUGUGGUUGUAGAAAUAAGAUGUCAUUUCAAGUCAUAUAUAUCUUAAGUGAUGUUAACAAAUGUGAUCUCUUUCAAAAACUUCACUUUUCAAUUUCCCUCACUAGCUUUUGCGUGUGAUGAGCACUUCUGCUGCCUUAUAGAGAACCAAAAGCAGGGAGAAUGGAACCAGGAGGAGGCAGAUGAGGAAAACAAAUAUGGAAAAUGUAAGCAGGAACAAGAAGGGGAAUGGUAGGGAGCAUCAAGAGAAGAACAGGUAGGGAAAAGAUGAUUUGUAGGAGAAAUACAGUGUCAAUAUUCGUAGGAGAAGAAAACAGGAAAAAGGAAGUAAGAAUAAUAGUGGCUAUCCUUACAGGCUCUGAUGAUGUGGUGGGUUGGUUGAUGUUUUGUGGGUUGGUUGAUGUUUUGUGGGUUGGUUGUUUUGGGGUUUUUUGAGUGAUGUUAAAUACAGCUAUUUAUUUAAAAUAUUAGCAAUAGAAUAUAUUCUUCAGAAAAUGUUCUUACACUUUUGUGACAAUGUAAGUUUGGUUUGAGGGUCAAGAAGUGUACAUAUUCUUUGCCUUACUGCAUGACACAGUAAGUCCAUGCCCCCUUUGUGAAGAAAUGAAAACUAGAGGGUCCUGUAAUUAACCCUUACAGUGGACAAAGAAGGGAGUCUCUUUGUGUCUGGCUGCUUGGAUUGGAAGUGAUUACAACCCCUUGAAGAGUUGUGGGGACACCUAUGUAUUGCACAGCAUUCGUGGAUAUCAGAUACUGAUUUUCUACACUGAUGUUUUGUCCCUCAGUAGGUUCUUUAACCAUAGCAGUACUCCAUCUGUAAUCAUUCAUUUAAGCAAUAUUUAAUGCCUUUACACCUCUUUCAGGAGUGACAUAUGGGUAGGCUGAUUCCCUAUACCUAGUGCAUAGUGAAAAGUAGAACCGAAGUCAGUAUUUAUGCAGGAAUUUUGUGAUGCUAGUUGUGUGUCACUUCUCCCAUAGCUUAUAGAAUCAUAGAAUGUGCUGAAUUGGAAGGGACCUAUCAGGAUCAUUGAGUCCAACUCCUGGCCCUGCGCAGGAUAGCCCAAAGAAUCAUGCCAUGUGAUUCCCGAACUGUCGGGCCUGGGGCUGUGACCACUUCCCUGGGGAGGAGCCUGUUCCAGUGCUCAACCACUUUCUGGGUGAAAAACCUUUUCCCAAUGCCUAACUGAAACCUCCCAUGAUUCAGCUUCAUGCUGUUUCCUUGAGUCCUGUCACUGGUCACCACAGAGAAGAGAUCAGUGCCUGUCCCUCUUCUUCCCCUCACAAGAAAGUUGUAACUGCGAUGAGGUCUCCCCUCAGUCUCCUCUUUUCCAGGCUGAGCAGACCAGGUGACCUCAGCUGCUUCUCAUAACCCUCCACACCUGUCUGUUUUUGCCAUACUAUGCACCAAAAUUUGAGUCUAGAAAUGGAUGCAGGGCGUAGGCUGCAUCAAGUUGUACCUGUAUUGCAGAGAGAGUAAUUAAAUGAUUUCAGGUUAAAUGAUUCAGUAGCCAAAAGGGGAAGAGAAUGAAUUCUGGAGCCAUCAUGAGUUCAGGGUGCUAGUACAGGAACAUAAAAAGUGACAUGCUGGUGAAGUUUCAUGGUCUUGGACUGCCAAAAUGUCUAGUUUUCAGAAACUGCUGUUUGACAAGGUAAAACAAGUUACUCUGCUCCUGCAUUGUCAUUGCUUGGAAUAUGGCUGUCAGAUUCACUGCUCCUUGGCACUUAAUUUCAGUUUUGGUUUCUGGUAACUGGAAUAGAAAUUUCUUGUAGUUCUGUAUGUGCUAUAUAUGUGGAAGAGGGGAAAGAGAAUUGGCAGAAUAUAAAUGAUGCCUUUUGAUGGCUCAGAAGGUGUACUUAUGAGGCAGGAGUUUCUGUGGUGUGUUGUACCAGACUUAGUGUCUAUGAUUUUUCUCAGCCACUUACGUUGACAUGGCUGAGCUAUAAAUGGAGUUUACUUUGCACUGUUACAUACUUGUGUAUUAAGAUGUUUGCCGGCUCAUUAUCCAGAAAAGAAGUUAAGUUCAAGAGGAAGUUAUGGUGCUAGGACAUGAUAGCAGUUGUAGAUGGAGCAUGUUGUAUGUCUCAUCUCCCCUUUCAACUCUGCAUAAGGGGUGACUUCUGUUACAGAUACCUUUUGAGAUACAGAUACCUUACAGAGAAGCCUUUUGAGAGCUUUUGUGAAUUCUUUUCUGCUGUCUGGAGUUUUAAGUUUCUGACAUGCCAGAUGAUAUUGCUGAGAAGAGGCUGCUAUCUAUAUAGAUGUUCUAACUAUGGUCCAUUUAAAAUAAAUCUCCUGUACUGAAUUGUUUAACAGCUUUUCUGUGGCUGUUUUGAAGAAUGUCUAUUUUUCAGCUUCUGUGUUAGAAUCAAGAAGACACUGCAUGCCAAUCCAAAUGGUGGAUUUCAAGCUGAUUUUCUGAAUAAAAUUUUUGGAUGCAGUCA